GAGAAAAACAAGCUAAAAUAAGAGCCGGCAGGCCUUAAUUACAACAGCAAAUGGGUGGGCCUUGUAAAGAACACAAAUUGAGGUACACUAGAAUUUGGAUUUAUAGCCCCAAGAUGUUGACCUUAGUGUAGUAGGUAUGUACGUCUAAUAUAGCUGUCCUAUUAUGGCUACCUACAGAGCAUCUUUCAGAUCAUACGUAAUACCUUUUGCAAUUAGGUGACCCCUCACAUUUUAAAAAAAAAUACAUCGGAUAACUCAUAGUGGGUACCUUCCUUUACUGGAUUCAGCAUUUGGGUUUCCCUCAAAUCAAGUGGAGAAUUCCUGCUUUUCUUGUUUGUGCUUGGUUUAGGCAGAGAAAGCUGAAAUUCUUAGAGCAAAAGACAUUCUAACAUAUCAUAAAAACAAUGGCUGCAACAAAUCUCUCAUGGAAUUUUGUUACAGUUGUGUUGAUAGUAGUGAUGCUGGCCCUCAUGGCAUCCACAUCUGUUUCUUCCAAUUCUGAAGGAGAUGCUCUGCAUGCUUUUAGAAGAGGUUUGUCAGACCCUAACAAUAUUCUACAAAGCUGGGACCCAACUCUUGUGAAUCCUUGCACUUGGUUCCAUGUGACUUGUGAUCUGAACAAUCAUGUAAUUAGGCUGGAUUUAGGUAACGGUAACAUAUCUGGGCGUCUGGCACCUGAGCUUCGGAAGCUUGAGCAUUUGCAGUAUCUGGAGCUCUAUCAAAAUGACAUUGUAGGAACUAUUCCUGAGGAAUUCAGCAAUUUGAAGAAACUUAUUAGUAUGGAUUUGUAUGGUAACAAGAUAUCUGGAGAAAUUCCUCGAUCUCUGGGUAAUUUGAAGAAACUCCAAUUUCUACGCCUCAGUAACAACAGGUUGACUGGGCGAAUUCCAAGGGAGCUUACCACCAUUCCAAACCUCCAAAUUUUAGAUGUCUCAAACAAUGAUUUGUGUGGAACUAUUCCUACAAAUGGGGCAUUGCAGCAUUUCCCUCUGGAAAGCUUUGACAACAACCCUCGGCUUAGGGGUCCAGAGCUGCAAGGGUUGGUAUCAUAUGAUUCUGGAUGCUGAGUGAAGCUAUGGGUGUUGCUAAGCGAAAGUUGGAUAAAGCUUCUUGGUAUUCGAUAUUUUCUCCUUUAAUACCCUACAGGGAAAGUCCUGGUUGAAUAAGAGGUGCCCUUCGAAUAACAUUAUCUUAAGCAAUUGCUGCCUGAAACAUAGAUUGCUUACCAAUCUUGUUUUCCAAGUGCAAGGUGUUUUCUAAAAUGUUCUUUGUUAUCAUCAUGUCAACGCUGAUUGUUCCAUAGGCUAUUUUUAGCCUUGCGGACAUUAAAAGUUCUAUCUAUCUAUCAUUGCAACAAACUGUACUAUCAUGCUAAGUAGUAAGUUGUGUGCUUUAGCAGAAGAAUAUUACACUAUCUCAUUGCCUGAUAAAAAAAAAGGCUUGGUGGGAUAUUUGCAAAUUGUAAGCAUUAAAAUAGCUCUGAUAGCAAUGGUACAUUGCAUAAUGGUAAAUCGUAAAGGUUGUUUUAGAGGUCACCAUGGCAUAUGAAACCUUCUUAUAGAAGGGAGGAAUGAAAUGUGAAAGAUAAUGUAAUAGUGGCUAUAAUAUUGGUAAAACUGUAAGCGAGUAGAGUACGAUGAUGGGAAAUGUAUGGGCAUCUAUCACUAUUUAUUAUGGGAAACCAUAAAUGGUACCAUUCUUUCA